AUGAAUAUUCAAUUUAGUGGCACACGUAGUUGGCCAAAAAGAAUAAUCUAUGAUCGACUGAAAGACUUCUUUGGUGGAAGAGCUAUCAUUCGAUAUUAUUACAAUAUUAUAUUUUAUGUACUCAUGUUGUGUCUAUUCAGUUUUGUUAUGCUGGUCGACUACUUUCCAUACAAUAACAAUCGAGGUAAACGUAGUGGUUAUUCAAUUGGCAUUCCAAUUCCUGAAAUCAUUCUUCAUAUGUGUAUUUGGGGACUAAUCAUCGAAGAAGCUGUUGAAGUAUGUAAACAAUUCUUUUGA